AUGAAUUAUAUAUUAUUAGCUGAUGUAAAAUUACUCAAAUAGGAGAGAAUUAGGUUAAGUAUAAAAUUUGUAGAUGGGAUACAAUUUUUUAAAACAAAAUUAUGUAUAAAAAAAUAUUAUUUAGAGUUUAAAUUACAAUAAAAGCACUAAUAAUAAUCAGAAUGGAUUGUAAAAUGGAAUAUGAAUAGAAUUAAAUGAGAAUUUUUAUUAGUAUUAUAAAGAUCACUAUUUUAAAGUUGCUGUUAAGUUAUAUACAGAAAAGAAUAUAAAGCAAUAUUUUUUUGGAAAGUGA